CAUUACCUGAAAAGAAGUGAAGUUUGAGCUAAUAAUAGCAGCAGCAAUUUUUGAGUAAACGCCAGUGGCAGUUGUAUAAGACCCAGAAGAAGACAAAACGUAAAGAAAAAAAUAUAUAUUUUUCCACAAAAAAUCUACUCAACUACAAUUCAUUGAACUAUAGUAAAUAUAUAUACAUACAUAUAUACUGCUCAUGGAUGAACAAGAAACAUUUCAAGUAAAUACUGUUGACACUAUUGCUACUACUGUCAUUGAUAAUAACAAUAAUAAUACUGCUACAGCUACUGCUACUACUAUUAUCAGUAGUACUACAAAUAGUAAUAGUAAUUCACCGCAUUCAUCUUCGAAAAAUGAAGUCCCCUACAAUUUUACAGAUCAGCACAAAUCUUAUGAACAUGAAUUAUCAAAUAGUAUAGACGAUGAACAUUAUCAUCGUCAUAUACAAGAUAUGAUGAUUGACCAAACUGAUGCUAAUGAUAUUGCAGAAGAUAUUGAUGACCAAGAAUACCCAGACGAUAUUAAUCCUUAUUCGCAUAAAAUGGAUACAUUCAAUUUUACUUAUUCAACAAAUACAAAUGAUUCUGAUGAUUCAAUGAAACAGAUUACCAAUAUGAACAGAGAUACAGAAAAGACAAUCUACUCAAAAUCAGCACUAAACAAUCCUAAUGAUGAUAAAAGACCAAGAAAAUUUGUUUGUCGAUAUUGUAAUAAAGCAUUCAGUCUGAUGAAUGUUCUUAAGGUGCACGAAAGAAUACACACUGGAGAAAAGCCGUAUGUUUGUGAAAUAUGCAAUAAAGCAUUUAAUCAAAGCGGUUCUUUAAAUCGUCAUAAAAAUACUCAUACAAAACGCAGUAGUGAUAAUCGCAGCUAUUCAUGUCGAUUUUGUCCCCGACAAUUUCUGCAUUCUAGUCAGCUACAAGACCAUGAGACCGUUGAGCAUAGUAUGGAGGCAAAUGUACCCAAUUCUAAAUCAAAUGAUUCAGGAGUUAGAAAUUAUACCACACCACCACCGACAUCAUUAUCAACCAUAGCACCGACAAUGACGGAUGAAACAAAUAUAAUUAAACAGAAUCAUUUAUCUAGUCAACUGCUUCACAAUAAAGUAAUAAAUGACUCUUUGAAAUUAUCGGGUGUAGAAACGAGUAGUAUGGAUCAAAAUGCUAGUAAUGUUCACGCUAAUAACUUGGAUAAUGAAGGUUUAGACGAUGCUAAUUCCGUGGCAUAUUUAAAUUCUGCGCCUAAUCUUUUUGAGCUUGAUACUAAAAGUAUAGGUGCUUCAAAUAAAUUUCCAUUCCCAUACGGUUUAAAUUUGAUCAGUAAAUUCUUACCUGUUGGUACAGCAGAUGAUUUUAUGAGGUCAAUAGAAGAGAAUAAUAUAAAUGGGGCAUUGAACUGUCUAGUGACAACAGCUACAGCAAAUUCGACAUCUCCUUCUGUUGUUGCAACUGCUACAAGUUUUUCCAAUGGAGUUGAUCCGGUCAGUCAUGGAACAGUGAAACAAGACUUUUUAAAUAACACAAAUACAUUUACGUGCACACUGUGCUCAGCAAAUUUAUCCUCGAAAACAGAAUUAGAUUUACACUGGGGACAACAUUUUAUACAACAAAUGGAAGCUCAACUAGGUCCUAUUUCAAACAAUUUAAUCCCAUCUAGCACAAUAUCACCGCUUCCAAAUCCACUUGGUGGACUUCAGAUCAGCACAAAUUCAUCGUCACCUUUAAGUAAUCUUGCUUCGAAUCUAUCCCUUCCAUUUGUAAAUACACACAACUCUUUAAAAUUGAAUGAUCAAACAGAAAAAAAUAAAAUGCUGCCAGAAACUUCAGAUGCAUUUAACUUUGAUAAUCGUCUGCCGAAUGCUUCAUUAAGUAGUAACCUACCCCUUUUGGAUUCGAACAGUAUAAAUUCAGGUGCUGCUGCAGCGGCUGCAGCGGCAGCUUCUGCCGCGAUUGUUGCAGCAUUAAGCCAAUUUCUUUUAGUCAAUACACCAGGACAAUCCUUGCCCAAUCCAUCAUUAUUAGCUGCCACAGCUGCACUUACUAAUCCAGAUUUGUUGAAUACUCUUAUAAAUACAAUGCCAGCUAAUAGUAAUAAUAAUAAUAGCAAUAAUACUGCUUCACAGGGUAAUAUGAAUGAAUUUAAUCUUCACCACUUUACUAAAUUAUUGAACAGUUUAACUAGUGUAAAUAAUUCAAAUUUCCCACACGCUAUAACUCAUUCAAAUGAUAUAAGUCAAAGGUUGUUUAAUAUGGAUACAACUCCGACUGGACUAAAAGAGCAUGCUUUAAAUUUUACCAUUGAUAAAACAUCUAAUAUAUCUCCUGACUCAUUGAAUAAAUCUCCAACCUCAUCUUCAUCCUCAUCCUUAGUAUCAUCAACAACAUCAACAUCAGGAACAACAAUAACAACAAGCACACUGCCAACACCAAUCAGUCAUAAUUAUCCUUUUUCUAAUCAUUUAAAUCAAAAGACAUUAUGGCCGUGUAAUUUAGAAGUUGACUUCACAAACAGAUCAUUAGUGAAUCCAUUACAACCAAAUCGUUCAUUAAACCAACUUUUUACAGAGAUCGAUACAAAUCUUUCUAUGAACACAUCAUCAUCAUCCACAAAUUCACAUGACCUACAGGAUAAACUUAAAUCAACAUUUAAUUUAUCAGCAUAUCAAAAUAAUCUUUCGUCUAGUAAUUGUUUAAUUAGUGGUAUCAAUGAAACUUCAUUGAAAUCGAUUAACUCACGACUUCUUGGUAUAGAAAAUGAAAAUUAUUCUAGUGAUGUUGAAGGAGGAGGUGGUAUCGGUGGCACUGGAUUUGGGGGUGGAGGUGGUGGUGGUGGUAAUCUGACUGAUUCAACGUUAAGUGGAAGUUUCAAUUCAUCGAAAAGAAAGCGUUCCAGCUCUCCUAAUACAACAACACCCAACAGUAAAGCACGUAAAUGCAGUUUUUGUAAUAAACAAUUCAACUGUACUAGUGCCUUGAGAAUACACUACAGGAAGCAUUCAGGUGAACGACCAUAUAUAUGUCGACACUGUGGUAAAGCCUUUUCCCAAAAUGGAACAUUGAAACGACAUUCACAAACCUGUAAAGCAGCGUAUAAUAAUAUCAACACCAGUAACAGUGAUAUCAAUAAUAAUAAUAAUAAAGAAUGCCCUCUAGGACUGAAAAUGCCCUUAUCCAAUGACAACAGUAACAGUUUGAUUAUGAAUACACCUAAUCAUAUCACUGAUCCAGUAAAUUUAAAACCGUCCAAUUUUCCACUUUUAUGUGAUCCAAUUGAUGAGCUAUCUGAUUCUGAAGGUCAAAUGAAUACAUCACAAAUAGAGAACACUACUCCUACAAUUCAUAACAAUACUGAAAUAUCACAUCAGUAUGCAUAUCCUGAAGCGAAUGAGAAACAGUUAAAUAAUAUUGAAACAUCACGUCUAUGGAAAAACAAUAAGAAUAUGAAAGAUGAACAGGCUGAGGAAGAGGAUGAUGAUGAAUCCGCAUGCUUAAACAACUCACUAACUUCACCUAUUAUUUCAAAUGAUGUCAAAAGACGAAAAUAUGAUUCUACUAGAUUCUAUGCUACAAUGCAAGGAAGUAAUUUUUCCAAUCAAAUCAAUCAUUUCAAACAAGAGCAACAAGAAAAUGGAAAUCUUGAUUCGACGUUAACUUGCAGGAGUCAAUUAACCCACUGGUCAGAUUUAGAUUUAACCAACCUUAGUAACAAUGACGUGAAACAAUUAUUAGUAAGGUUACAUUCUAUGGGAAAACUGCAUGGAUGUAUUGACUGUCAAACAUUUUAUCUUGAUGAAAAUAUGGCUAAUUAUCAUUUAAAUAAUAUGCAUGUAAACAAACAUUCAGACACUAAAACAUUUGAAUGCUUGAACUGUGGUGAAGACUUAACUAAUCCUUUAUUAUUUUUAAAACAUUUUACACAUUGUUUGUCUACAAAAAAGUUUAAUGGAGUCGAUCUAUCAGUAUCAUCAUCUUUACCAUCAGAAAACUUGUCCAAAGAAACUGAUGAAAGUGAAACUAAAGUACUGUUAGAGAAUGUUAAUGAAAGUUCAGGACUACUGGAAAAUAAUAAAUUAGAGAAAACACUUGAAAAUUGUACACAUGAGACCACAGAAGUUUUGAAUAGUCCACACGAAGAGAUCAUUACUACUUCUCUAAAUGAUAAUAACGACAGUAAUGAUAAUCGAAGUAAUGAAAACUAUUCACUGAUAAUAAAUAUCAAUGAUGAAUCAGAGACAAAAAUUAACGGUCACUGUUCCGAAGAAGUUGAAGAACACACGGUAAAUGAAUGCUCACCACUGGAUAUGCCUUCCCCUGGCUCAGUUGGUCAGAUUUUACAGUAAAAUCUAUUAAUUUCAUUGGGAAGAACUGACAUAAAAAUAAGGUACUAUGAUAUUAAAGUUUGCUUUAAUUACCACCCAGUGUUUUUUGACACAAUGUGUUCAUAUUCCUCAGCAUACGACAGAGUUAUUGCCUGUUUGAAAAAUUUGUCUUUUUGUGUGUUUAUCAGGAGGAGACAAUUCUAUCCUCGAUAUCCAUUCUUCCUCUUUUUAUCUAUCUUUAAAGUUGACAUUCAUUUCACAUUUGUUUGUAGUCAUUUUGUUCUACUUCUAUUUUGUACCUAUGUUUGUUUGCACAUUUGUUUACUUUAUUUGAACAAUAAAGAAAUGCAAGGAUGAUUUGAUACAUUGAACUGCAAUGCAAUUAAAUAAAACUCAGGUAUAAAUGUCCUUAUUAUCAUUAUUAUUGUUAUUAGUUUCUUUGCAUAUAUAUACAUAUAUAAGUAAGUCACCAACUCAACAAAUGAUUAGUCAAGUCCAGUUUGCUUGUUUUCGUUUUGUACAGUUUAUUUGUUUGAAGCUAUUUUUGUGUAAUCCUUUAUCCUUUCUCAUUUUUUAAGAAUAAAACAAACGUCCCUUUGUCAAUAAGCGUAAUAAUAAUAAUUAUGAUUAUUAAUACAUCUAUCGUUGUUAUUAUUAGUAUUAGUAUUAUGUGUUCUGCUUGUUCGUCUUUUUCUCUUCUUUAUUUUUUACCUCCACCUACCUUUUUAAAUAUGUUAAAUGGGGCUAUUUAUAUUUCUUUUUGUUGGUGAAUUCGUCUGAUCUGUUUACUAUACUGUUGAAUUGUAAUAUUAUGGAGAUAAAACAAAACAAUAACACCGACGAAACAACAGUGAUUAUGGUGACCAGUGCCUGAGUGAAUUUUGUUCGUAUACAACACGAAAAUACAGACCUUACUGUAUGAGCUUUAAUCAUAAUAAAUUUUUUUUGUUAUUUGAGCUGUAAACCAAAGUUGGUCUAAUUUAUUUAAAGAAAAAAAGUUUCUCUCUUUAAAACUGCCUAGUCCUUUUCUAUAUUUUUUUUCUCUCAAAAAAUCCAGAACAGCGGGAAAGAAGCAAAAAUUUACUUAACUAUAACAGAAUUAUAGGUAUGUUAGGGAAAAGCCAAAGAAAAAGAUACAAAGGUGUAAGAAGUUAACCAAAAUUAAGUUGAAAUAUAAUUACAGAAUAGCAUUAAUAACACUGUUGUUUCGAUUUUAUUAGUGAAGCAUUCUAUGACAUUUCACAGUAUUUGCUGACCAAUUACUUUUUUAAUCAUUUUCCUUUGUCACUUUUUUUAAUUGUCUC